AUGGCAAUAAUGAGCAUCGGGUCCUUUGCGACCUUCCUAAUCGUCUGCCCAACAUGCUUCUUCCUCGGCAUAAUCUUCUCUCUCUUCCCCUACGACUACCCAAUCCUCUGGUCCACCUCCCCAACUCCAGCCUCGCACUACGACUAUCUCGAAUCCCACCUGCGCUUCCUCCACGCCUCCCCGCCGCUAAUCCCGCGCAUCCUCCACAUCGUCAUCUUCCUGGGUCUAGCCGGUCUCCUGACCAAACUGUACAGACCCUCUGAAUCGAACAUGCUCUUUGACGGCGCGUCGCUGGUGCUGUAUAUGUGCGGUGUUACGGUGUAUAUCGCGAAUAUCGUCAAGGGUCUGCGGCUUGUUUCGGACGGGCGGUAUGGGGAUUUUAUUGAUGAGAAGGUUGGUGAGGGGGUGCUGGAUGAGGCGCAGCAGAUGGGUGCUGCUGGGGGAGCGGGCGCGACUGGUGCCGGGGGACAGAUAUUGGGGAGGGAGGAUUCGUUGAAGGUACUUUCGGCGAGUAAUACGAUCUUGGCGCUGGUGCUUGUUGGUGUGCUUGUGUUGCAGGCAGGGCAGUGGUAUGCGGAGAGGAAGGAUGCGUUGGAGUUUGAGUCGUUGGAUGAGGUGUCUGGUAAGGAGGGUGAGGAGGGGACUGGGACGGAUGGAGAUGGGGAGGGGACUUCGUCGGGUGUUAAGGUUAGGGGUAGGAAGCAGGGGUUGAAGAAGAAGAAUUAG